CCAAACAAACCAUCAAUUAUUCAAUUUAGAACGCUUCAACAAAAAAUGACUGCAACUCCUUUCAACAUUAUUAUCUGCGGUGGUGGUAUCGGUGGUAUUGCUGCUGCCAUUGGCUUAAGAAAGAAGGGCCACAACGUAACCAUCUUAGAAGGUUCUUCAGCCUUAAACGAAGUUGGUGCUGGUAUCCAAAUGCCUCCUAAUUCUGUUCGUGUCCUUAAGGAAUAUGGUAUCUUUGACAAAUUCUUGCCUUACAUUACCAGACCUCAAAAUAUUUGUCUUAGAAGGUAUGACAAUGGAAACAUUCUCUCCAUGACUCCAUUGGAUCCAGAGAUGACAAAGUCUUACGGCAACCCAUACGUUUUGAUCCACCGUGCUGAUUACCAGAGAAUCUUGUAUGAAUCUGCUGUGGAGCUUGGAGUUGACUACAAAGUUAACUCAAGAAUCUCGUCGGUUGACCAGGAAGCAGUGACUGUUACUUUAGUUGAUGGCACUGUACACCAUGCUGACUUCAUUGUCGGUGCUGAUGGAAUUCGUUCUAAGGUUAGAGACACUGCUGUGGUUCCCGAAGAAAAGGUUUUGCCAGUAAAGAGUUCCAACUGUGCCUACAGAGCUACCAUACCAAAGGAAGUCAUGUUGGCAGACCCCGAAGUUGCUUAUCUUAUGUCUGAUGUCAACUCCAACUGCUGGAUCGGUUACAGAAGACACGUCAUGGCUUACCCAAUAAGAAAUGGUGAAUUGUACAACAUGGUGUUAUGCCACCCUGGCGAGGCUACUGUUGGUGUUUGGAACGAACCAGGCAAUCUUGAGGAAAUGAGAAACCACUACAAAAAUUUCGAUCCUGUUGUGGUCAAGCUUUUGUCCAAGGUUCAAUCUGUUCUCAAAUGGGUUCUUGCAGACUUGCCUACUCUUCCUCGUUUUGUCAGCGAGAGCGGAAAGGUUGUUUUGAUCGGAGACGCUGCCCAUGCAAUGUUACCUUACUUGGCUCAAGGCGCUGCACAAGCAAUCGAAGACGGAGCUACAUUAGCUGACGAAAUCAGCAAGUGCAGCUCCACCAAGGAAAUUCCUCAAGCUCUCCAAAACUAUCAAAAGAGAAGAAAGAGAAGAGUGCAAGCUGUUCAAGCUGGUGCUCAAAACAAUGGUAAAGUCUGGCACUUGCCAGAUGGCGAAGAACAAGAAGAAAGAGAUGCCAAAAUGAAGAAGAGAGAUGACAACAACCCAGAUCAAUGGUCUGACAUUGAAUACCAACGCUGGCUCUUCGGUUGGAACGCUUUUACUGAUUAG